CUCUUCCCCCACUCACCCCCCCCAACUUAGCCUGCCGCGGUCGGGUCCGCGGCCUGCGCUGUAGCGGUAGCCGCCGUUCCUUAGAAGCCGUAAUCCCCUCCCCCACCCCGGUCCCGUUCCCCGUCCAGAGGCCGACGUGAAGAUGAGUAGCUCAGAGGAGGUGUCUUGGAUUUCCUGGUUCUGUGGGCUCCGUGGCAAUGAAUUCUUCUGUGAAGUGGAUGAAGACUAUAUCCAGGACAAAUUUAAUCUUACUGGACUCAAUGAGCAGGUGCCUCACUAUCGACAAGCUCUAGACAUGAUCUUGGACCUGGAGCCUGAUGAAGAGCUGGAAGACAACCCCAACCAGAGUGACCUGAUUGAGCAGGCAGCUGAGAUGCUGUAUGGAUUGAUCCACGCCCGCUACAUCCUCACCAACCGUGGCAUCGCCCAGAUGGGAACAAAUAGCAGAUGGCACUGGUGUUCUGCAGCUUGCCCAACUGGAGGAAAGGCAGCAGAGGAGUCAGAGGGCCCAUCUGGACCAGAGAAGGGGCUUCUGUUGGAAAAGUACCAGCAGGGGGAUUUUGGCUACUGUCCCCGUGUGUACUGUGAGAACCAGCCAAUGCUUCCCAUCGGCCUUUCAGACAUCCCAGGCGAGGCUAUGGUGAAGCUCUACUGUCCCAAGUGCAUGGAUGUGUACACACCCAAGUCAUCGAGGCACCAUCACACGGACGGCGCCUACUUCGGCACCGGUUUCCCUCACAUGCUCUUCAUGGUGCAUCCAGAAUACCGGCCCAAGCGACCUGCCAACCAGUUUGUGCCCAGGCUCUACGGUUUCAAGAUCCAUCCGAUGGCUUACCAGCUGCAACUCCAAGCCGCCAGCAACUUCAAGAGCCCAGUCAAGACGAUUCGCUGAUUCCCCACCCCGUGUGUCCCUCACUCAGUCUUUGACACUUCCAUUCCUUUGCUGACACCCUUUCAAGAACCCUCUGGUUUUUAGUUUAAAUUAAAGGAGUCAUUAUUGUGGUGGGAAUAUGAAAUAAAGUGGAAGAAAAGGCCA